CAAAUAGAAAGAACAAAGAUACACACAUUUAAAUUUACCCUGAUCAUUUGACCAACUCGUAUAUUAGAUUGUGUUAGUUUGGUUUUGUUGAAUCCAUAAUGAAAGAAAGAUGCAGCAGCCUGGCAGAUAACUGAGUCUGUAGACUUUUCCUCCAGUCAGUCAUCUUUACAUUUAUAAUACUUGGUGAUCACAUCGAGUCAGUUGUCAGUUUACAGUGUUUAUGUUUAUUAUGACUUGGACCCAUCAUUUUUAGUACACAGUUGUAGUUUUUACUUGCUUCCACUGGCAGUGAUGGGGUAUAAUCCACAAAAUCCACAGUCAGUUAGACGAGUCACAUGGAAGGAAAUGACUGAUUUGUUUGACUCAUGUUAACUUAAAGCUGAACUUUGUGGGUGUGACUCACAGCUUCACACUCUGUUCUCACUUCUGAUAUGAAGGAAACUGAAUCUGUGAGCAUAAAUCAAGACUGGACUGUUGAGUAACAAUUGCUUUAUCCCCUCCCUUGUCCCUGAGGGAGGGAACCUGAUAGCGUCUGUCCAACGUAAAGUCUAGGGAGUCGACUUCCAGCUGCAGAAAUGUAUGAACUCGGAGAGUUGUGGUGGUAUUUCUGGAGCCUGCUGGCCCAUUGGUCUGAAGUGGCUCUGUUACCAUAAAGAGGGCUGACCUUUCUGCUGAGUGAGCACUUCACACCCUAUAUACCCUGUUUAAUCUUUACAGUUUGUGACUUGGCAGCGUCUCCCCCCCAUCUUCCUCGUCUUCCUCGUCACGUUCAGUAGGUGAGAGUCCCUCCUGCAGCUCGCCUCCAUUCACUCUUGGGUGUGAAGAUCACAAACAGCCAAAAUGUCUGAGGGAAAGAAAAUGACAUCCAGCCGCAGGCAUCAUCUGAAGAGUUUGAUGCUGCAGAUCGCUGCCAGCUGGAUCGAGCAGGAGAAGAAGGACAUUGCAGCCGCCAAAGAAGCUUACAUGGCCGAGAACUGCCCUCCCCCCGACCUCAGCGGAGACCAGGCUGCUCUCAUGGAACUCUGCAAGAAGCUCCACCAGGCCAUCGAUAAGAUUGAUGAUGCGAGGUACGACGCUGAGGCUAAAGUCCAGAAGACCGACACAGAGAUCGAGGAUCUGAAGCUGAAGGUGGUUGAGCUGGCUGGAGUGAAGAAACCCGCCCUGAAGAAAGUCCGUAUGUCUGCUGACGCCAUGCUGCAGGCUCUGCUGGGAGGAAAACACAAGGUGACCAUGGACCUGAGGGCCAACCUGAAGCAGGUCAAGAAGGAGGUCAAAGAGGAGCCAACAGAGGCCGUUGGCGACUGGCGUAAGAACAUUGAGGAUAAAGCUGACAGGAAGAAGAUGUUCGAGACCUCCUAAGACCCUCCUGGACUGGCGAGGACGACAGCAGGGGAGACGUCUCCGCCCGAGGUCUGAGUGACUGAAUGUGUCUCUGAAUCCCAGCAGGAGACACAGGGACAAGAGUUUAGACACUUUUUUGUUCUUUUCUUUUUUUUCUUUUGGUCGUUUUUGUGAUACCGUCGCCCCGAGAGAGACUGAACCAAAACUAAGAAACAGUCAAAUCCAACAGACAAACAUAAGCUCAAAAUGUACAGGUUUUCAUGAAGUCAUUAGAAAUAAAUGUUUUCAAAUAAGGA